AUGGGAAAAGUCGCACGAACCAAGCACACCAGCGGUGCCAAAAGCCCAUACCAGAAGCCCGACAAGGGCCCACUGGGUAAGGCAGCAUCCGCCAUUUUCAAGUUCAAUACCGAUCUCGGUCAACAUAUUCUCAAGAAUGGAGCGAUCGCCGAUGCCAUUGUCGACAAGGCCAAUAUCCAGCAGGGCCAGACGGUUCUGGAAGUCGGUCCUGGUCCCGGUGUCCUGACGAAUCGCAUUCUCGCGAAGGCCAAGAAAGUGGUGGCGGUCGAAGUCGAUCCUCGAAUGGCUGCGGAACUCACCAAGAAUGUACAAGGGACUCCGGCGGAGAAGCGACUCCAGAUUGUCCUCGGUGACUUUAUCAAGACGGAUUUGAGUCAGCUGCCUCCGUUCCAGAUUUGCAUCAGUAAUACCCCUUAUCAGAUUUCCUCCCCGCUUAUCUUUAAACUCCUCUCCAUGCCUAAUCCUCCCAAAAUGUGCGUUCUGAUGGUUCAGCGCGAAUUCGCCCUCCGUCUUAUCGCCCGCCCCGGAGAUGCGUUAUACUCUCGACUCUCGGUGAACGUGCAAUUCUUCUCGCGCGUCCAGCAUAUCAUGAAAGUGGGCAAGAACAACUUCCGUCCUCCACCACAGGUCGAGUCUAGCGUGGUCCGAGUCGAGCCCAAGGCGGAUCGUCCCUCGAUCAGCUGGGACGAGUGGGAUGGUAUGCUCCGUAUAUGCUUCGUGCGUAAGAACAAAACCCUUCGUGCGGGUUUCAUGGGAAACAAGACUCGCGCCAUGAUUGAAAGAAACUGGAUCACUUUCGCCACGAUGUACCCGGAGAAGGUUGCGCAGGCGGACAUAGAGUUCAUGCUGGGUAAUGGGGAGCCGGAGCCCAUGGAGGACGUGGAAAUGGAUACGAAUAACGACGCGGAUGCCGACGAUGUUCCUGAGCUGGACGAGGACGAUAUUCUAAUGGGUGAUAUGGGGUUCGAAAAGAAGAAUGUCCCAGAGAUUCCCAAGGGAACCCUUCUGACUAUCGGCAACAACAAGGUUUCUCGAAUCAUGGUAACGAAGUUAAUACAGGCCAAGAUUCAGCGCAUCCUGGACCGGACUGAACUGUCCAACGCUCGUGCACAGAAGUGUGACGAGAACGAUUUCCUUCGUCUUCUUCAUGCCUGCAACAAGGAAGGCAUUCACUUCUCAUAG